CUCAGGCUCACCAAGGGUAACAUCUCACGUACCAUCGCAUAUCGAGUCGCGCACUUCCGCUUGCUUGCAUUUCCUGCUUCUACUGCCAGUAUCUUCGUUUCGCUGCCAUCAUGUCUGCUGCUAGCGAUCGUGUUGUGGUGACGGAACCUGAACGCGUCUAUGAUGCGCAGCCAAACUCACAUCCAGCUAUGGACGCUCAACAGCCGCAUCCAGAGACGAAAGACGACGUCAACAUGCGCGGAGGCGACGAUGGUGACUGCUGUCCCGGCCGCUUUUGCUUUAUUAUACCCUGCCCGAUCCCCAUCGACUGCUGCAUUUUCCCAUGCCCGUGCUAAGCGGAGCUUCUAAUACCGCGCUACUGUGUUAUGAAGAGGAGGGGUCUUAUAUACCAACCAACCAGCAGGCAUCAUCAAAUCCUGCUGAGGUCUAAUGCUGUGUGAUCUUGUGGAAUGCUACACGCACAAGAGGAUGAUUUCAAGUUGAUUAAUUGCUAUGAAGCACCGAUAUGAUGUUUGAGCGGCAUGAUUUGCACAAUGCUUCAGUUGAUGAGAUUCAGAGUUGCUCGGCUUUUGCACCAGCGGAGCGAGAUAGACACAAUAUACCAGAUGAAUUAUCAUGACU